AUGGAAGUACUACGUUCGAAGAAUAACGAGUCGUCUCCUAAUACUUCCAUUACUACCAAAGAAAGAGCUUCCAAUCCAAAGUGGGCGUAUGUAUUUUUAUUGGCCGAUGUGAAUCCCGAAGAACCGUCAUAUCAAGGAAUACUCUACAACAUUUUCGUCUCUACCUAUGUCCUGAAGCAUGAUCCGACUGCCCAGUCGUAUUCCAAAGCUGACAUUGUGGUCAUGGUACAAAUGUCAUCUGCUUCGAAAGAGUCCAAGUUACGCGAAGAAUCGUUCCUUCAACGAAUGGGCAUUAAGAUUCUGUAUCUGGAACCGCCAACGGCAACGACGACGAUUUCGACCAAACAAGAAGACACUACUACUACCUUUUACUCGCUCGUCUUGGCCAAGUUUCACGUUCUCAAAUUGACGACAUACACCAAAGUACUGUUUCUGGAUGGUGACGUCUUGACGUUGUGCAAUCUAGACUAUCUCCUGGCAUUGUCUGAAGAAGGCCAAGUUCUCAAGGAAACAGUGUUACAUGCCAUGUACGAAGACCCUGUCAAUGCAGGCCUAUUCAUUGUCACACCCAAGCAAGAGUAUUAUGACGAAGUGCAAGAUAUUAUUCAGCGGCAUGGCAUUCCUUCCAAGCAGGAGAAUAAUAGCAAUUGGGAUCCAAAAGUUGGGUGGGGUGACAAAAGUGUAGACUACCGCCUGUGGGACAUGACUCCAGGAAAAGGGUGGAGCUUUUACUGUGCAGACGCCGACCAAGGCCUCCUCUUGUAUUGGGCCCGCUUUGUACGAAAACAAGUCUCCAUUAUUGUGGGUCCAGUCAUUGAAGAGUAUUCGCCUUCCAACUACGAUGGAGCGCCGGAACAAGUGACCAGCAGCGGUGCCCUGUUGGAACACUCGUGUGUAGAACGUGAUUUGCAAAAGCAUGGCCGAACGGGUACAUUUGCUGCCAAUGCGGGACCAAUGGCAGCAUCGUUGCCAUUCUAUCAAGACUUUUUCCACAUGGUCGGUUAUUCCAAAGCUUGGGAGCUUCCGCCGGUACGUCCAGUCCCAAACUCGAGAGAUGAGGUGGAAUCUUCCUCCGAGUAUUGGUAUUUCUUGUUGCAAAAAGUAAAGGAUCGAUUUGAUUCCGAAAAGAUAAUUCCACCAAUUGAGGAAAUCACCAAGUCGAUCCCACAACCAAGAAUCAGAGGUGACUUGAUCUCGGUAGCAGAUGGACCCGAUGGAGACCUGGUGCCAGUGGUCGUUUGA